AUGACAGAGAGUCUAGCUUUUAACUGGACGUAUGGGGACUUUAAUCCUUCCAGAUCCUCAACACUGACACAGCAGAAUAUCACCUAUGUGGAUUUUUACCUCCACAAACCCUCCGUGGCUGCGGUCUUCACCAUGUCUUACCUGCUUAUCUUUGUGGUUUGCAUGGUGGGCAAUGGGGUGGUGUGUUUCAUCGUGCUGCGCAGCAAGAACAUGCGCACUGUCACCAAUUUGUUUAUCCUUAACCUUGCCAUUAGUGACCUGCUGGUUGGCAUAUUCUGUAUGCCAACCACGUUGGUGGACAACAUCAUAACAGGAUGGCCAUUUGGCAGCAUUGUAUGUAAGCUAAGUGGGAUGGUUCAAGGUAUAUCUGUGUCAGCAUCUGUGUUCACUCUAGUUGCAGUUGCUGUUGACAGGUUCCGCUGCAUUGUCUACCCUUUCAAGCAGAAGCUAACCAUUGCCACCUCAAAGCUAAUUAUUGUCAUCAUAUGGGUUAUGGCUGUGUUCAUCAUGUGUCCAUCAGGAGUCAUGCUCCAGGUCACAAAGGAGCAGACAGUGCGAAUAGUCAUUGGCCACAACAGAGAAACCCGUCCCUUCUACUGGUGCAGAGAGAACUGGCCCAGUCAGGAGAUGCGGAAAAUCUACACCACUGUCCUUUUCGCAAACAUUUACCUAGCUCCUCUCAGUCUUAUUGUCAUCAUGUAUGCCCGCAUUGGCUACACCCUUUUUAAGACCGCUCUUCCUCCCAUGAGAGGCAGUGGAACUGCAUCUGGAGAGGGAAUUGGAAACAACAAACUAAGCAUGGAGGGUCGUCACUCAAUUUCAAGGAAGAAGAAGCGAGUUAUAAUGAUGCUUCUAGUUGUGGCUCUGCUCUUCAUCUUAUCUUGGCUGCCUCUGUGGACACUGAUGAUGUUGAGUGACUACGCCAGCCUGUCAGAGUACCAAUAUCGAGUCAUUAAUAUUUAUGUGUAUCCCUUAGCUCACUGGUUAGCUUUCUUCAACAGCAGUGUCAACCCCAUUAUAUAUGGAUUCUUCAAUGAGAACUUCCGCAGAGGCUUUCAGGCAGCUUUCAAAUUCCAGCUGUGCUCCGCAGAGAUUGUGCGCCAGAGGACCUUCUCACAUCGGAUCAGAGGAAAUGCUGUGCUACCGGUUCAGCCUGCCAACCCCAGCAGAUCAGGCUCCAGAGCUGGAUCUAUGUUAGUGAGAAAUGGGAAGGGCUCUUGUCAGGAAGGAGAGUCUUUGGCUGGUAGAAAUGAUGUCAAAGAACAAGAUCUGAUCAUGGAGGAUUUAGAAAAAGUGUCACAAAUUUAA